CACGUCUCGCUUUUCAAAUAGUUGCCAUUGUCCCACAAGAUGGCACGAUAAGCCUGAAAGUGGUGUUGCUAUAUGUGGUUCUUACUUAUUAAUUCUGGUAACUGUACAUAUUGUGAAAAUUGUUGGCGUUUCCCAAAACAUUCGCGCACAAACAGUAUAGUGAAUCCAUACAUGCACACAUAAAUUCAGUUCACAGAGUUAUAUAAGUGCCAGUAGAAAGUCUGUCUGUGAUAUGUCUAGUCGACCACGCCAAAGACGCACACGUUUCACCAGUGGAAGUACUGUAGACGAAGCAUCUUGUCGUCCGAAGAAGGUGCAUAUGAGCCCAGUGCAUCAGUGUAAAUCUCAAUGUAAUGAGCAGCAUACUUCUUUACCGUCUUCACCGAAUUCUCCUUAUUUGGAUUCAGCAAAUAUGCUGUUCCAUAAUUCUGACAUUGGCCUGAGUAAUUAUGUUAACCAGAAAGAUAUUCCUGUUGAUCGUCCUGAUGCAGCUGAAGAUGAGAAUUCAUUUGCAUCAAGCAUGUUCUCCGAAAAGCUUGUCCAACCGGAAUUAAAUUUGGCCGUUGAACCUACAUCCACAACUGAUCAUGAAUCGUUAAAUCACGAAAAUUCAUCCGUUGGGAAUAGAUUGUUGAAUUCUCAUUCAAGCACAAUGCGAGAUUCAGAUUCCCAUGUUAAUAUGGACGGGAUCUUAAUGCAAAGUGAGAGGAUGGUUUUAACUCCAAGUGCGGUUGCAACAGAUGAGGCUGGCAGCUCUGAGGGAGAGUAUGAAAAUGAGGGUCAAGACUCAAAUAUACAUCAGGCAAAUUCUUCACUUCAUCAUAGUCCUUGUAGAAAUAGAACAGGUAAAUCUAGCUUGGUUGGUACUUCAUGCAGUCAGCCAUUGGAACUUGUUGAGUCUGAAUCACAGGAAAGUACGUAUUCUAAUUCAGCCAAAGCUUCUGUUUUGGAUUCCAUAUCACCUAAAUUAACUGAAUGCAAUUCUGAAAGGUCCGGGAAUUUGUCAACACGAAGCUCUAAUACAAACAAACCAAAUGAAUUUCUAGAAUCGUCUACAUCAAAUUGCUUUGUUGCACUGGUUAAGUGCAGUUCUCCACUUGAAAUUCUUUCUAACCAAACGUUGCCUGGAACUGCUGACUGUCAUCAAAGUGCAUCUUGCUUUCGAAAAUCGUCAGCUUUCACUAAUGCAAAUAAUUACCGUGAUUUUUCUAGCAAUGAUGAUAUGAUGUUAGCAACCUGUCAUUCUUGUUGCUCUCACAGAUGCACCAAUCGAAACUGUGAUGAGGAUGAGGUGAAACCGGUUCCUUGUAGUUCAACAGAUCAACUUUCACAACAUGAUUUUCAUCCAGCUAUAAAAUUGGCCGAUUUCUCUCGGGAAUCUCAACAUAACGGUGUUGUUAUAAAGUCCGAACCACCUUCAGUAUUCAGUGCAGCUGGUGACAGUAGCAACAACUUUCUGUCGAAUCAACAUCAAGUGGUUAAAAAAUGUGAAGAAGUGUUCUCAGAAAAUGUUCCUUCCUUUUCCCCUGCUUCUUCGGAGAUGUUUACUACUUGUGAUAAAAAUUGUGGUAAUCGUCACAACAGUAUCUGCGAUAGUCCUGUGCCUCACUGUGUAAAUAAUAUUCAAAGUCCAGAGAGUGAAAGUCAUAGCUAUCCACUUCGAUCCCGCCUACGACAGACAUUUUUACGACAACAAUGGGAAGCCCUGCAAGCAGCUCCAAAGUCAUUUGGCCAGUUACCUACAGAAGUUAUGUUUCGUAUAAUUCAUUAUUUGAGUAUACAAGAUGUUUUUCGUCUCCAGCGUGUUAAUCGUCGGUUCAAGGCAAUAAUCGAACAGUAUCUUCUACUGGUUAAGCGCAUUAAUUUCAGUAAUGGUCUUCCGUUUGCGUUUUUGCCGGAGUCAAUCACUGAUAUGACUUUGAAACGCAUACUAAGUCGUACACCAGAAGUCACACAUAUCCUCGGCUUUUAUCCGAGAAAAAUAGUAGGAUCUUAUCCCUCUGAUGGUCAGUAUUCAAGCAUCAGUUCUGGAUACAAUUCACUGACGUAUGUGGGGAUUAUCGCAGCAUUUCGACUUUGCCCUAAACUUCGUUCUGUGGAACUAAUGGAUGUAGAACUAAUGAGUGAGUUAGUUCGACAUCAUCCUCGCAUAAAAUUCCAUGGUAUGUUCAGGAAUCGUCCAGAUUCUUGGGACUGUGAGUAUGCCGUUCCUCUUCCACCGGAGCCAAACAACGAAGUAAUUGAAGAAAUCAAUGACCAUGACUCACCGACGAAUGUUACUACUCAACGUGAUAUUAACUCAGAUUCAAAGCCCCUAUAUGGAAGUUUUCUAAGCACUUUGUUUUGUUCAGCAACUUCAGUUGCAGCAAUCAAAAAUAGUUAUGAAAGGAGAAAAACUUCAACCCGUUUAAAAUCCAAAGGACAUACGGGAUGUGGAUGCGCUAUACCAUCAUUCAACCUUGUAAAUGCAGCCUUUUCAUUGUCACCUCCGUGUAGAAAUGGAAACCACCGCUCACUUACAAAAAUGGCUGUACACUCAGCUCAUAAGAUCUCUUUACGUUAUGCAAAUUUUGCUAAUUGGUUUGAACCUGUUGGUGAGUUACCUCUAGGCCAAGGUUCACCUUCCACAGCACCUCAUUUCCUACCGUCUCGAUUGUUUACUGCUUUCAAUGGGGGUCCCAUCUUUCCUGUUGCCCAAGAAAAUGUAUCAAACAAUCUCAUGCCUUCAGCAGCACUGGACUGUUAUUCAAACGCAAUAGAAUCGUUGCGUAAUAUGGCUGUUUCACAUUUUCUGCAGCCUGGCUUACCACCGAUUGAAGGUGAAUUAAUUGCUGUAGCCCCUUUCGGUUAUUCACGUUGUUCUCUGCAUGCUGUAGGAUCAAGUCGAAAUUCUGUUCGUAAUGCUCUUGGUCCGGUUUUAGCAUUUGCUUUUGGUGCUAUUUUCGUCCCCCCACAACCAGCUUCACCGUUAGUUUUACCACCUAAUAGUGCACAACACUGUCGUUUGAUUGAUGUCAGGCAAUAUAACGGUGUUUUAUUUGGAGCUGAUAUAUUAAGGGGGCCACAAGGACCACAUCUAGCUUUUGAACGAAUACUCAACUUCCCGCAAAAUGUUAAUCCAGUUAUUGUUGGUCGUCAAGUACGGUUACAAGAUCUAGCAUUUAGACGAAAUCAGCAAAGACAACCAUUAAGAUACCGUCGACAGCGGACUAACUCAACAAACUUAAAUGCAUCUGGACCAUGGUUAGUGUCUCCAUUACCCAGUCAAAUGCAGUGGAUUGUUUUACCUCAUGUUAUUACAAAUUUAACUAAAUUGGAUCUUGUUUCUGUCGCUAUAAGUGCUAUCCCUCGGUUGGAUAAUAUUAAAUAUCUUCAUCUUAAAUGGGUUAUAUUUUCCUCAGCUGAUCCCUUCUUUAGUUUUUUGGCGCCAAAACUUCAAUCUUUUGUAAUGAAUAAUUGUAGUACACCGACAAGAGUUGUUCGAUUUCUUCGUAUUUUCUCAGCGCUGUCAAGAGCACCUCAGCUUACACGACUUGAAUUAGUUGGUGUACGUUUCAUCGAAGGUCUUAUAGGACGUAUUAUUGAAGAUUCAAUAUCAAAUGGUCGAGGAUUUCGUAAUCUUCAACGUUUGGUACUUUCAAGUAAUAGAGAUGCUUCAGAAGUAGAUAUUGGCUUACUUUUAUUGGCUGGUCAACAGUCUUUAAAUCAAGUAGCCCUUCAAAUGAUUCACACGAAAAAUUCAUUAUUUGAAAGUCUUUAUCAUGCAGGUGCAGAGUUUCCACGUCUUGAAAGUUUAACACUAGGCUAUUUAGAUCCUUAUCAAUCACGUUUAACAGUUUCUGAGUUGACGAGUCUUGGUAUCGGUGAAUCAGCUGAUCACGUGUUACCUAUCUGCGCGAUAACUGAUUGGGGUUUAGCUCUAGCAUUUUUCAUUUGUCCACGAUUAGUCAAUAUAACUAUACGUAAUGCACCAUAUUUAAAGGAUAUAACUAGAUGGUUUUCAGCGAGUUUUUGUGGUGAAGAACCACUUCAUCGUAUUGAACCAACAGUUCAGCCUUCAUCCAGUGCCAAUAAUAAUACUGUUGAUCCACCUGUUCAACAGACAGCUACUAACAGUCAAGAACAACAAUCUACACCGUCUUGUGGAAUGGAUAGACCGUCUAAGACACAUUCCCUACCUUUACGGUCGUUAACGCUGGAAAAUUGUCCUGGGAUAUGUGUUGAAACUCUUGAACGUGUUAUCAAUACUGGACAUCCUUUCCCAUGUUUGGAGACAAUUGUUCUAAGAAAUAUGUUCGUCGCUCAAUACGGUGAGAGGAAAGAUUUUCUACAGACAUCAGUGGGUACUACUACCACUAAUGCUACUACUGUGAAUGAAUCAAUAGACUGGCGUAAACUUAGCCAUUUGCUAGCUUUAUCAGAUCUUCUAGCUGCUCGUCGAUUGGGUUAUUCGCCUUUAUCCCCUGAAGGUAUUGGUUUAGGAUCAUCUAUACGUGAUGUGAUUCAUAUCAAUCAACCACGUGGUUUUAUGCCUGAUUCUUUGCGGACAAAACCUAAUGAUCUAUUUUGUUCACUUAGAGCACAUACCUACUUGAACAGUUUAUUGGAACUAGAUGGUUCGUGUGGUUGGUCAAUGUUAUCAUCAUCAUCAUCGCCACAACCAAUGAAUCGUGUGGCUAAAACUCUAUUUUCAGACAGUGUACAUAUCCCAGUUUCGAAUAAUACAGAUGCAAGCACAGGAAUGAUGGAUAAUUCAUCGCCCGGUUUUAUAUCUCAGUCUACACAGACAUGUAUAUGUGGUAUGCUAGAAUGGGAUGUUAUGCUAAGAAUGUUUCAAUCUCGAUUAACUGUUGACACAAAAGCAUCAACAAGGGGUAGUAAAGCUUCAUCAUCCUCUGAAAGUGUGACUUCUUCUUGCUCUGGACGGACAUCAUUAUUGCGUUCAGCAGCAGCUGCUGCUGCAGCAUCAUCAUCGUCAAGUCAAAACAACACCGGCAACACUCACAGUCAAACAACCGCCUCUACAUCUGGUACUACUAAUAAUGGAAUGAUGCCUCAACUAAUACAACUCGGUGGUACUUAUGCAUUUCAUCCUUAUCCUCCAUCAAUACAGCAUAAAAUGUUAUGCAAAGUGAUUACAACCUCUGAAUGGACUCAGUUAAUUUUCAAAAUGUCUCCGUUAUUCGGUCUUCCAUCAGGUCAGAUUGUUCAUCCUGUAACUGGUUCUAAUGAGUGUUCAGGGUGUGCUUCUGAUCCCCUUCUUUACUCUCAGGGUAUUAUAAAUUAUCAGAUAUCUGCUCCGUAUAAAGAGCCUAGUCAACGUAAAUUAUCCUCGAAAUGGUUAGCACGUGAUGCUUGUAUAGAUACUAGUGAAUUAAGGUGUUUUUCACUGCCCAAGCCUCAAAUACUCACAAUUCAUGCUGUUCAUAGUUGUCUUACUUCAUUGCAUUUUGAAAAAGUUGGAAUUUCACAUUUAAUUUUAAGUGAAGCACCUCAUUUAAAGAAUAUCACAUUGGAGAAUUGUACAGAAUUGAGAGCAAUAUUAUUUAAUAAUGAAAAAUUCUCCACCUCCAAAUUGGCUACCUAUCCCUCCACUUCCAAGUCCUGCUCCUCUUCAUCCUCCUCCUCCGCCUCUUCUUCUUCAUCAUCAUCAUCAACAGCAACAACUACAAAAAUGACAACUGAUGGCGCCACUCGUAAAGAGUCCACCGUGAAACGUAUUGAUCCUUUACCAGCACUUCGACGUAUUCGUAUUAUUAAUUGUCCAAAAUUUGCAAUCUAUAAUUUCUUAUAUAAUGUUGCUAAACUAUAUCCAGUGCAUAAUGAGAAUUUGUCUAUUACCUAUAGACCAUUUGGACAGUAUAAUCUCGAUGUAGAACGUGCCCUAUGGGAUUAUUGUCAACAUGCUCAUAUUUUUAUUUCACACGAUUAUAAGAUGAAUGAAAGUGAACGUGCUAUGGAAGAGUCUCAUUCAACAUUUGAUCAACUGUUUAGAGAUGUGAUCACAUUCUCUGACAUGGCUAUCCGUCGUGAUCUGUUUCCCGUGUAUCCUAAACCAACGGAGGUGCUGAAGAAUACGGUGCAAACACGUCGUAGAUACGGUCAAGGUUGGGAUUUAGUUACAGAUAUCCCAUGGGUACAUGAAGUAUGCUGUUCUUUACUUGGAUAUAGUGGUGAACCACGUCGAUCUCUUAAAGCUGAUCAAUUAUAUGAAUUAUUAUCAGAAUAUCAAUCAAUCGCAUCAUUAUCAAUUUGUAAAUUUCAACGACACGGUAUACAUUUGCAUGUUCAGUGUAGAAAUGUACAUUCCUCAUUGUCAUUAUCGACAAUAACAACAACACCAACAUCGUCUGUAAAUGAGAUGGCUGACAGCAGUCAAAGCGGCGACAUACAUCCUCCUCCUCCUCCUGGAGGUGAUGAUAAUCUAAGUCAUUUUACUCCGCAUAAGCCUAAAUCAUACAUUAAUUGGCCUUAUACAAGUAACAUGGUAUUGACAACACAUCCAUCGAAUGAUCCUAAUACAAUGAAGUAUGUUUUGAAGGAGAAACUACCUACCCCCACUACUACUACUACUACUAACGCCUUUAUCGCCUCAACGUCAAAGACGAAGGUAUAUUCUUCUAAGGAUAACUCUAGUUCUGAUAAUAAUAAGAGUUAUAAACUUCCAUGGCAACGGUUAUUAUUAUCACAAGAGGAGGAAGGCAAAUCAGUAGUGGUUAAACCGCCUGCUGCAUAUAUUCCAGUAGCAUUAGUACCAGCACAUUUUAAAAGGAAGGCAACUUUAUCUACUAUUCCUGACGACGUUGUUGAUGAUGUUCGUGAUAGUGUUUGUCGUCGUCCAGUGAAACAAACUUGUCAAGAGAAAAUUUAUCCAACUAGAAAUCAUAAUGAUCAUCAAUCUCUGUCGUCGUCAUCAUCGUCGUUGUCUACUCCCACCCCUACUACUACUACUACUAUCACACCUCUUCCCUCAGGCAAUCAACCUUUAUCUACAAUUGCAUCGACGUCAACAUCAACACAAUAUGAUAAUCAUCAUCAUCAUCGAUCAGGUGUUGUUGUUGUUCCACGGAAACGUUCACUCCCCCCACCACCAUCAUCGUCAUCAUCAUCAUCAUCAUCGGGGUUAUAUUCAAAAUCUUGUAAAAAGUCGAAACAAUAAUUUUUUCUAAUUUGUUUACGUGUGGGCGCACACUCUCGCGUAUUGUCAUUUCUUUGACACGCGCGUACUCACUCACUCAACGAUUGCCAACUUCUCUAACCUCUUUUGAUUCUCUCCCCCCCCCGUCUCUGUCUGUCUCUCUCUCUUGUACUCUUGUACCUUGAGAUUUUUCAUCAUUUCCACAGACUGGCCUUUUGUUUUCUCUCUCUGUCUCCUCGAUAUAUGCAGACAAAUAUGCAUGUCUAAAAAAGGACUGUACACUUACUUGGCGCUCAUGGUACUUUCGCGUAUGUCCCCCCCUAAUCACACUGAAGUAUCAAUCAGUGUGUUGGUGUGCGUGUAUUGGUGUGUGCAUACUUUCUUGUUUUUGUCGCAUUUGCGAAGACAACAUGCCGGCGGCAAUCAAUUCUCGCCAAUUGUGUUGUUAAUCUACAAAAAUUAACAAUUUAAUUUCUUAUUAAUAAAUAGUAGUACUAGUAGUAGUAGUAGUAUUUAGUAGUAUUCUUUGAUUCUGCUUACUUUAUUAUUGCAUUUUCUAAAUGACACACAGUCAGUUUUCGCGGAAUAUAUAACACACAUAUAAAUAUGACUGUUCCAUGAGUGGUAGUGGUUUGUGUUAGUAGAUAAAGAUGUUUGGUUAGGGGUGGUGGCGGGGGAGGGUUGCUGGGCGAUGAUUCUCGUACAUAUAUGUGUGUACGUAUGUAUGUAUGUGCCUUCAGAAUAAACUGUAUAUCCCUUUCUACACACACCUCUCUUACUGCCUAUAUGUUGUCAAUGAUUCGUACAGUGUUGAUGACAAGUGUGUGUAAAGUCACGCUGACAUAUUCACCUAUUCUAUUCACCAGUGAAGUGUAGUACAGAAUUGGUAGCCGAACCGAACAAAAAUUAUUACUAUUUUCUCUUUCUUUGCAAUUAUUAUUAUUAUUAGUAUUAUUAUUAUUAUUCCACUUUUGUAUAAAUUAUCCCCCUCCCUCUGUGCUCCGGAAAAUGUUUUUAAAAACAAUCCUCCACCACCACCAGCAUGCAUCUAUGAACAAUAUACACACACACACAUACAAACAAUGUACCCCUCUUUAUUGCCUUCCUUUCUUUUCUCUAUACAUAUUAUUCUCCAUGUGUGCUGCGCCCCGCCAUCGGGGGCACCCUACAUCUGGUUGAUAUUUAUCAUGAUGCGCUUAUUAUUUCAUGUCUUCUUGAUUGGUUAGUGGUUAAUCACACUUUGUUUAGUUAGAGAGAGAGAUUGGUCUGUGAUAUGCAGUGAACACGAUGAUGGUGAUGAUAAUAAACUGUUUGAGCGCUGGUGAUUAUUAAUGUGGAUAUGUGGAUAGUAAGUUGGUAGGUGAGUAAGUAAGUGAGUGCUAACUACAAUACAAUACACUACACUACAACUUCUAUGACUAGUAGUCCUAAUCUCUUUUUCAGGUAUUUUUUGUCUUGUGUGCAGCAGAAAUGUCUUCUUCUCAGUUUAUCAUCUGUGAAUUAUUAAUUAUCAUUAUUAUUAUUAUU